AAUAAGCGUAGAGGAUGAAAGUGCAGAAAUAAAGAUUACGCUUAAAACUGGAUAAAGAUUAUGUUUGAGUAAAUUAGAAACAAAUAAAUAUUGCUCGGAUGGGCGCUUGGAGGUCUUCCUCCAUUGUUAACACCUGGGAAGUCGCCAUAUGACCUAUGCAGCAAACCAAACGUUAUAUUUUCCUAAACCGUUGCUGAGAUUUUAAAAUGAUGUAACAGAAAAUUUCCUUUGGUGGCCACCUACCGAGAGUAUUCAAGUUAUCAUCGUUAAAAACAUGGCAUACCAUGCAAAUACCAUUGAAGUCUACGUAAAGUUAAUACAGUUGUGGUGUUUUCUUGAGGGUUAAACACACAAUGUUUAUUGAACAGCAUUUUCACUUCCUUAACGUUGAUUAUACUACAUGUGUUUGAUAAUUAUUACUUGAUUCGUUUACGUUCGGGCACAUGCUUUCGUUAAAGACCAACACGUCCUCGUAAAUACCUGAAUGAAAAAGAGCGUAAAAACGUCAUGCCCCGUGUUCACAAAGCAUGUUUCGGUCUCAGCUGAGUUUGAGUUUGAAAUUUUAAUAUCAAUUUUACUAAAACUUUAAGCUUAAAUUCCAAAUGAGGCUUAUCAUCAAUACUGAAUCGUCACUUUAAAAUAUCUAUUUACUUAAAAUUAACUCUUAAACAUGCUAUUUGGAUACAAACGAGAAAUAAACUUUCAUUAUCAAACUCAGCUGACUGAAAAUGUUUUGUGAACACGGGGCCAGAGUAGCACAAAUUCAUGUUUACGCUUGUAUGCAAGAAAGUUUGCAAUAAUACGAAUUAUAAGAUAAUCGAUGUAGCGUAUGUAUGUUUUAUCUGUAUUUGCUAUUUUGCAAAAAAAUAGAAAUAGAUUUUCAGUUUCUCUCUACAUCGUUACUCUUCCCAAGCUGGUGCACGCCAUUAAGCUGUAGAACUAUAUGCUGGUUCCAUUCAGCUGUACAACUGUUAUGCUUUUUAUUGAUAUAAUUGAAUAAAACAUGUUCAUAUACAGUAGGUAAAAUCAGAAUUGCAAUUGGAUAACUAUACACUAUUUUCUUCUAGCAAGGUGAUUUUCAAGACUACUAACAAGCAGUUCUAGCAUGGAAAAUGGAGGUGUUAUUCAGUCGAUAUCACGUCAGCUUCAAAAAGCAAAGAGAAAAAUUCAGAACACAAUCAGAACACCUUCUUUGCAGAAAACUACUUGUACUGCUCUCGCUUUUGUGAUACUUGUGCAUGUGUACUAUAACUAUAAGACAACGGAAGUAGAUCUUUCAGUCGAUAAUGAUGUCACAAAAAACAAGUUCGGCAAUCACUUCACUGAAGAACACAAGCUAGACAAUAAAUUAACUGAAAACAAGUUAAAAAAUCAGUUCAGUGCACAUACUGUAGUGACUAAGAAAACAAAUCGGCCACAUAUUAUAUUAAUGGUUGCUGAUGAUUUGGGGUAUAAUGACGUCAGUUAUCAUGGUUCCGAAAUUAAUACGCCAAAUAUUGAUUUACUAGCGAAGACUGGGGUGCGGUUAGAGAAUUAUUACGUUCAACCCGAAGGUACAGCGACACGAAGCCAGCUUCUCUCUGGAAGAUACCAGAUACAUACUGGUCUACAGCAUGAUGUUAUUUGGCCAGCAGAGCCCCGGGGUCUUCCUUUGGACAGUCCGAUCAUAGCUGACAAGCUCAAAGAAGUUGGAUAUGCAACGCAUAUGGUAGGCAAGUGGAACCUGGGGUUCUUUAAAAAAGAAUACACGCCGACAUAUAGAGGGUUCGACAGCUUCUUCGGUUUUCUAAAUGGUCACCAGGACUACUACACCCACCGUACUAAGUUCGAGCAAUGGAGUGGAUAUGAUUUACUGGAGAACGAAAAACCUGCUGAUGUAGAAAAAUACAACGGAAUAUAUUCUACACACUUAUUUACAGGAAAGGUCAUUGACAUCUUAAAUACGCACAAUAAAACUAAGCCACUGUUUUUGUACAUUCCGUUUCAAGCACCUCAUACACCGUUACAAGUUCCGGAUAGUUACGUCAAACCAUACGAAGGGAGCAUCCCUGAUCUAAAAAGAAGGACAUAUGCAGGACUUGUGUCAUGUAUGGAUGAAGCAGUUGGAAAUAUAACCAAGGCACUGAAAGUACUAGGAUAUAUGAGCAACUCUUUGUUGAUAUUCACAACCGACAAUGGUGCUAACGAAAAAGAUGGCGGGAGCAACAAACCACUACGAGGGGGCAAAAGUCAAUACUUCGAAGGCGGUAUUCGAGCUGUUGGAUUUGUAUAUAGCAAAUGGCUUGAAUCAACAAUGGCGGGAACAGUAUCAACAGAUCUGAUUCACGUAACUGACUGGUUCCCAACUAUACUUAAUAUCGCUAAGGGAGGUACGCAAGGGACAAGACCAUUAGAUGGGUUUGACCAAUGGCUUACUAUAACUAAGAGGGCGUCGAACAAAAGAGACGAAAUAUUAAUCAACAUUGAUCCCUUGUCUGUAGCUGAAGGACAACCUUUGUUUAAUAACACUUUUGACAGAAGAAUUAGUGCUGCACUACGUGUGGAUGAUUGGAAGAUAAUGACCGGAUACCCAGUGAACGGAUCCCGGUCAAAGAACUGGAACGAAACGUAUCGUGAUGGUGCCCAAAAUGUAUGGCUGUUCAAUAUACGGAGAGAUCCUAAUGAAAUGAGGGAUGUGUCAGACAAAUAUCCAGACAUUGUGCAGAUUAUGCUUGGCAGACUUGAGCAUUAUCAAUGAUCAUCUGUUCCUGCAAUAAUAAAACCUAUAGAUGCUAAUGCUGACCCAGCAAGGCAAAAUGGAUUCUGGGGACCAUGGUUAUAGAACUUUUCUUUUGAUAUUCAGGAAUACUACUCGUUUUAACACAUAAAGGAGCAUCCGUUAUUGUUUUGUGUUGUUUACGUCGUUAAAUAAUGUUCCUGUAUCACAGUGUUGAUAUUUCUGCAAUUUUUCUCUAUUAUUAAUGUAUGAUUUUCUCAAUUUGUGUAACAAAAUGUAAUAUUUAUUUUUUCAAGUUAUGUACCGUAGUGUUAAUGUU